AAUAGCGUUGUAGACCUUUGGAGUGUGGACACAGCAUCUUCCCCACCGAGCUCCAGUGACCUUUUGUCUGUCUCACACUGGCCUUCGAGCCCACCAACCACUGUCAUCCUCAGCGGCGCCUCGGUUGUUCUUUACCUUACCCACAAUCAGCUCUUCGUAGGUUCCCAUUGAUCCCUUUCCCCCACAAAUUAAUGGCUACGCAGGUCGGCAAUCCCUCCGCGGCCAUGUACUCCCUGCUCCUCCUCAUCGUCAUCCUCGUUCUCUCGGGCAGCUCGGCCUCUCAGGCCGUCAGAAGCCAUGGCCGUGGCGGCUACGUGUCGGUGGUCGGCGACCCCGGCAUGCGGCGGGACGGGCUCCGCGUGGCCUGGGAAGCGUGGAACUUCUGCAACGAGGUCGGCCGAGAGGCCCCCGGCAUGGGCAGCCCCCGCGGCGCGGACUGCUUCGACAUCGACAGCAGCGUGGACGAGCAAGGCCGGGCGACGUACGAGGUGGCGCACCGGGUGACGGACGCCGACAACGACCUCCGUGCCGGCGACCCGUUCCCCGGCAGCAGCACGGCGGCGGCCACCGUGAUCACCGACGUGGACCGGUACGCGGCGGCGAAGGAGCUCUACCUGGGAGACCGGUGCCAGGUGUCCGACAGCCCGGCGCCGCCGUGGCAGUUCUGGAUGGUGAUGCUCAAGAACGGCAACCUGGACACGACGGCCGCCGUCUGCCCCGACAACGGCCGCCCGGCGCGCCCCUUCGCUCCGACCUCCCGCUUCCCCUGCCCCGGCGGACCCGGCAACUGCAUGAACCAGCCGCUCGUGUUCCACAACCGCACCGCGUUGUCCGACGGCCGGUGGCUCCGCGGCGGGCUGUUCGGCACCUACGAGCUGGACGCCGGUCACGCCGCCACGGAAUUUGGGAGUAAUCCCAAUGUGUCGUACUACUCGGUGAUGUGGGAGAAGCAGAUCGACGAGCCAACGGGCAGCGGCUCCGGCUCCGGCUGGGUGUUCCACCACAAGCUGCGCACCUCGCCCAGCUACCCAUGGCUCAUGCUCUACCUCCGCUCCGACGCCACCAAGGGGUUCUCCGGCGGCUACCACUACGACACCCGAGGCAUGACAAAGAUAGUGCCGGAGUCACCGAACUUCAAGGUGAGGCUGACACUGGAGGUAAAAAAAGGCGGCGGCCCGAACAGCCAGUUCUACCUUCUAGACAUGGGCAGCUGCUGGAAGAACGACGGCAGCCCCUGCGACGGCGACACCACCACGGACGUGACACGGUACAGCGAGAUGAUCAUCAACCCGGACACUCCGUCCUGGUGCACGCCGGCCCGGACCGACCAGUGCCCGCCGUGGCACACGUUCCGGAACGGCACUAAGGUGCACCGCAACGACACCGCCGGCCGGUUCCCCUACGCGGCGUACCACGUGUACUGCUCGCCCGGGAAUGCGCGGGGCCGCGCCGAGCGGCCGACGACGUACUGUGACGCUUACAGCAACCCGCAGCCGCAGGAGAUCCUGCAGAUCGUGCCGCACCCGGUCUGGGGCGAGUUCGGGUACCCGACGGCCAGAGGGCAAGGGUGGGUUGGGGAUCCCAGGGCUUGGGAGCUGGACGUCGGGGCGCUGUCCCAGGCGCUGUAUUUUUACCAGGAACCCGGGACGGAGCCGGCCAGGAGAAGGUGGACUUCGCUGGAUGUUGGCACGGAGAUUUACGUCAGUGAGCACGGUGAGGCGGAGUGGACGUUGAGUGGGUUCGACGUCAUUGUUCCCGACGGUUGUGUUGUUGGGUCAAAAGGGGGAACCAUCGCUAGCUGUUGGUAGCGUAUCUCGCUCUCUUCGUAGGUCCUUUGUUUUUUGGAUGGCACACGCUUGUGAAAUGGAGGGAGUGAUAACCUUUGCUGUACAAGAACACAAGCCAAAAAAAGGUUACUCUUAAACCCGUGUCGAGUUUCAAUAUAUAACAACCCUUCAUACAAAA